AGCCUUGGUAGCUGAGGCACAAACCCCCGAAAGUCGGGUUCCCUCCCCCCUCCCCAAAUUCUCUCCCUAUGUGGUUUUUAAUUCAAAGGGAGAGAGACGGGGGGUGGGGGGGGAGCGUAGAUAUGAGGUUAAAAACGCCAGCUAUAGUUCCUAGCAACCGAAGAGAAGGAUCCCUUUAGCUCAACUGCCCAUUCUGAAUUCCCAUUUGGAUGAUCACGGCUUCCGCACCGCAAACUGUUAAUGGAAAGAAAAAAAAAAAAAAGAGUGAAAACGCUCCAAGUGGCGUCAUUGGAUAGUGUGACUAGGGAUGACUGACGUGGGGAAAACACGCAAACAAACAUGAUUUUCUCUAAAUAUUCCAUGAGCAUGUGUUUUCACACUGGAAAAGGGGGAGUCGUUUAUUGGCAGAGGGGGGAGGGGCUAGACAGCAGGCAUAUUGCAUUCCACGUAGCAGAUUUAAUAAGUGCUGUCUGUGAUGUUUGGCAAGCCUGGUUUAUAUCCAUCUACAAGGUUUGCGAACCCAUGUUGCCGAUUCAGUUCUGCUACAACCAAAAAGACCAGUGUUUACUUUUCAUUGAAAGAAAACAUUCCUAGGAGUGGAAUGGCUGGAUCACAUGUACUUGCAGAGGCUGGAACUGGAGUUACACCAUAUGAGCAUUUGGAAUUGAACCCACAUCCUCUGGAAGAGAAGCUAGUGCUCUUAUCUGCUAAGCCUUGUCUCCAGCCCCAUCUAAUUUUCUACUUCCAAUAAUACUUCACUGUCCAGAAACCUGAAAAGGAAUUUGGAAGGGAAAAUCUGGAGAGGUGAAAGAAAAAAGAAGUGUGUGCUAUCCCAGAUUCCAAAUUAGAGUGGAAUAUAUCUUCCCAAUCACUAAGUGUGGAUUGAAUGUACUGACAUCUUUCAGGAAAAUAAUGCAGCAUGCAAAAUGAGGAAGAAUAAUUAUACAUUAGAGUUAAACUGGCAUAAUACCUGUCUGCCAAUCAAAGACAAUAGUGAAUGGAGACUACUUGGUAAACUAGCAGAUGAAGAACUUGAGGAGUGUGCCUAACCUUCUUCCCCUUGGCAACUGGUAGUCUACUCUGAGAACCACCUGGCACACCAUGGGGAAACGUGAUAACCGAGUAGCAUAUAUGAAUCCUAUAGCAAUGGCCAGAUGGAGGAGUGCAAGCCAAUCUACAGGCCCAACUAUACAAGAUUAUCUGAAUCGACCAAGGCCUACCUGGGAAGAAGUAAAGAAACAAUUAGAGAAUAAAAAGAAAGGCUCCAAGGCAUUGGCUGAAUUUGAAGAAAAAAUGAAUGAAAAUUGGAAGAAGGAGCUUGAGAAAAGCAGAGAGAAAGUAUUAAGUGGAAAUGUCAGUUCAUCCAAAAGAAAAGAAAAAAAGAAAAAGAAAAAGAAAAAGUCUUGUCGGUAUACAUCCUCUUCAUCAAGCUCUGAUUCGUCAAGCAGUUCUUCAGAUUCUGAGGAUGAGCCCAAGAAACAAGGGAAAAAGAGAAAGAAAAAGAAGAACCGUUCCCACAAAUCAUCUGAAAACUCCACCUCUGAAUCAGAAUCGCCAAGCAAGGAGCUUCCCCCAAAGAAGAAAAAAGCAAAGGAUGAAACCGAAAAAGAAAAAUAUACCAAAAGCUACAGCAAGAAAAGAAAGAAGACUUGUCCUGAGGAAAAGCCAUCCUCUUCAGAAUCCUCAUUCGAAUCAGAUUAUGAAGAGGAGGUGCAGGCAAAAAAGAAAAGAAAAUACGAUGAGCAAGAAAGAGAAAUGGAAAAGAUGAAAAAGAAGAAAAAGAAGAAACAUCACAAGAAACACAGUAAGAAAAAGAAGAAGAAGAAGUCUAGUUCAAGUCACAAGUCAGUGUAACAGAAAGGAAAACCAAACAGGCUUUCCAUAUUUAAAAUGAAGCAAAAUCUAAAGGAAACUUCAACUGUGAAAAGCUAGGUUAUAUUUACCAAAAUGCAUGAGAUUCUCUGUGUUAAUAGAGUUAUUCUGGACUUUAAGUUGCCAGUAAAAUGCCACUGUGCCAGAAAAGGCUGUAUUUGUUGCCUGCAGCUUAUAUAUAGAGUUUUGUUUGUUUAAUGUCGGUCAUUAUGCCUAAUAGGUACUCUUCUGGGAACCAAAACUCAGUUGUCAUACUAAUGUUAAAAAGUUUGGAGUUCAAUUAAAAUGUUUUAGAUAAUGAAUAAUUUUGACCAAAAAUAUAUCUAACGUUAAAUGUAUGUAAUUUUUACAUAUCUUUAAAAUACAGUCAGAAACAUGGUGACAAUUACAGUUGACAUUUUGAAGAUAUGACAGCAUUGUUGUUCAAAAAUUAAUUUUUUAGCUAUGUUUAGUUGGUGUUGCAUUUUCUUUCAAGACAUUUUUGUUUACAUUGGGGAAGGGCUCACGUCAGGGAGCGGGAGGGGUGUGUGUUUGCUACUCUGGUUAGCUGAAUAGUGUGCCUUUAAUCCUUACACAUCCUAUUUUUGCCAGUGCAGCAACCAUUUAUUUCUUAUAUGCUGAAAUUGUAGAAUGUUGUUUUGUACUGUAUCAAGAGAACAAGAAGGCAGUUUACAGCAUAAAGCCCCCAAAGCUAUGACAUUUACCUCCAUUUCAGCACUAUUCACUCUCCGGUACUAAAUGCUAUUUAAUAUUCAAUUACUACAUAAUUUGAAUUAACUGUUAUUAUUUGAAGGAGAAUCAUUUUAAACUGUCCCUGGUUUUGUUUCUUUGUUUUUAUUCAUAAGCAUUAUGAUUUUUGCACACUUCAUACUGUCAUUUUAAUUAUCCAGUGAUAUUCUUUAUGAUGAGUGUUGAUCCUUUUAAAUAUAAUUUUUAUGGUGAAGAUGUAAGAUUCAAGUUUUUCAUAUCUUAAAUUUUGGAUAUUAAUUUCAUCUCAUUAGUGCAUUUAAAUUUCACAUUUGCCAAAAUAUUUAGCAUGUAAAAAAAUUGUAAUGCCUUCAUAUUGAUGCUGGUUUACUAAUAAGCAAGUUGAGGGCCAGACUUCUAGUAUGCUCUGUGUCUUGUUACAUAAACUACUGCCAAAAUAUUAGUAUGUUCAUUAAAAGUUUUUUGUCCUAAACAUUAGUACUGAAGUAUAAUGGAAGUUAAAUUUAGGUAAUAAUGACAUCAUUUAUCUUUCUGUGUCCAUAUAUUACUAAGAUCCGGUGCCUUGUGUCUGUCUGUUGCUGAUUCGUGUUCACUACUAAUAUUAAAAAUGUGUUGAAAAAUAUUUUUACUUUACAUUUCUAUAUCAGAGUAGCAUAAAUUAUAAGCUUAUGUUUCAAAAACACCUAUUGCAGUAGAUACACAAGUAAUGUCAUGGUACAAAGUAUUUUGGCAUGAUGAGAGAGGCUCAGUGUUUCUUUCUUUCAGACAGGUGAUUUAACCUCAGAUUCUUUGAAUCUAAAGCAAAAUUAUAUAAAAGAUCUAGUAGAUAAAUGACUUGAUAUCUCUGAAGGAUGUCGCAGGGGUAAUAUUAGACUCUCUCAAUAUUGUUCUUGGAGUAAUGUAGUAAUGCCAUACUAGAUCACCUUGGAGUUUCAUAAAUACAACUGUUUCUUAAAAUAUAUCUAUAUGUAUAUUGCUGAUAAAACUAUUGCAUUUAAGGAGUAUUUUGUAUCCAUAUAGAAUUUUUUCAAGAGUAUUCAUUAAAUGUUUUUAAAAGUUAUAUUAUUUGUAGAAUAUGUCAAAAACAUUUACAAUUCAUCCUAUAGCUCUGUGCUCCCAUUCACUUCCCUGUUCUUUGUAGUUAGGGGAUCCCAUUUAACUACUUACAACAGAGGACUUGAAAACAGAAGUGAUGUGUCAUUUCUAUCCUCAAGCAGAAACAAUUCCUGCAUGACACUUCAGCUGUCUCUUUACAUCCUACCAUAACUGGAAAGCAAAGGCCAACCUCCAAGAAUGAUGCAAGCUGUAUCUUUAUGUCACAUUUUAGAAAGGUUUUGUCCUGGAAAACUGAUGAAGUUGCCAUGAAAAUUUUAAGAAUAAUAAAUAAAUUGUUAUGUGUUCAGUCACUUA